AUGAAUCCGGAUGUGUAUCGAGUUGUUGUAUUCAAUGCUGCACGAGAUGGUAAUUUACGACGUUUGCGUAUUUUUUUGGAAGAUCGAUCAGACGAAUGGCUUCAUCACUGUAUAUCAUCAGAAGAAUUGCAAACUCCACCACUUGUUAUCGCAGCGCGAAAUGGUCAUCUUGAUGUUGUAAAAUAUUUGCUGGAAAAGGGCGCAGAUAUCUCAGCUACGGGGACAGUUAUAUUUGAUGGUGAAAUUAUCCCUCGAGCGCCAGUUUUGUGGGUUGCAGCAGCUGCAGGGCAUAUAGAUGUUGUUCGAUACCUUGUUGAAGAAGCUGGUGCAGAUAUCAAUCAGACAACGCAAUCGAAUAGUUCUCCUUUACGAGGCGCAUGCUAUGAUGGUCACUACGACAUAGUUCAUUAUCUGGUGAAAAAAGGGGCUGGUGUUGAAUUGGCUAAUCGACAUGGGCAUACACCGCUGAUGAUUGCUUGUUUUAAAAUGCGAGCUGAUAUCGUAUACCUAUUGCUGAAACAUGGUGCUGAUCCGUGUCGUGCAUCGUUGAGGGGGAACACAGCAAUGCAUGACGCUGCGGAGGCUGGUUCUAAUGAAAUUAUAUGCAUGUUAUUAAAAGCUGGUGCAAAAAAUGUCAAAGAUGGAUGUAAUAUGACGCCUGUGGAAUGUGGUGCACUAGCUGGACAUGAAGAUGUUCUCCAGUCAUUAUCUGCUGUAGCUACGGCCCAGGAGAUAAGAGACACAUUAAAAUUAUAUGGUGCUACUUUGGUGGAUAAAAAGAUGGAUUUAAGUAAUGCUAUACGUGUUUGGUUUGAAGCGGUUAAUUAUGGUGAACCACUGCGCGUGCGUACUGCUCUCCAUGUUUAUGAUGAUUUAUUCGAAAUUGACACAGCUGAUGACGUACGUCGUGUAAUUGGUGAUCCUGAUGCAAUCAGAAUGCAGGCAUUAAUCAUGCGAGAAAGAAUCAUCGGUGGAGAUCACCACGAAACACAUUAUUUUAUACGUUACCGUGGUGCUGUAUACUGUGAUUUGGGUGAAACAAAUCGAUGCUUUCAGUUGUGGUUGCAUGCACUCGAUCUUCAACAAAAACAUCUUUGCGCAUUGCAUCCUUCAACUGUUUCCACAAUUGGAGCAUUCAUUGACACAUUUAUAUUAAUGGUGAACGAAGGAAUCAUAAUUGCUAAUGUAGAUGGCGUGCGUGUUACUCCACUUUCUCGUAAAUACCUAAUGGAUGUACUAGAUAAAACUGUUUUUGAGCUGGAGAGAUUCAAUAGUAGCGGUAUGAAAAUUAAGACAGAUGAAAUUUUCGAAGAACCAGGUGACGAUAUUCGGUGCUCUAAUUUCUUGAUGCUUGCAUCCCUUCAGCUGAUUCUUUUGAUUCGACGUCUCUCUCAUAAUGACAGCAAACUAACAGUAAAUUUAGAAACGGAUACUGAUGAAAAAGAUUUUGAUAUUGCUUUAUCAAAUAUCGUUACACGUUUAAUACUAGUUUCGAAAUGCCUGAAUUUAUAUCCUCUUCAUGCUGCUUGCCAUGAUAUCGACAAGCCAUUAACAACACGUUUCCCAUGUGCAUGUGUAAUUACGAUGCUUAUCGACAAUGGAAUCGAUGUAAACACGAAAAAUUCGUUGGGUAACACUCCAUUGCAUACAGUUUUGUUGAGUAAUAAUCCGAGACAGAGUGUCAUCAAACUAUUGCUCCAAAACGGUGCAACACUCCUAGCUCGUAACAAAGAAAACGACACAUGUUUGGAGUUAAUCUCAGAGACGCUGCCUCGUGCAUUUAGGCUUCUCAAAUUGGGUCGAUACCUUACACUUAUGGGUCUUGCCGCGAAUGCUGUGCGACGAAACUGGCUGAAGACCGUUUACAAAAAAAUUGUGCCGAAAGAACUGUUUGCAUUUUUGGAUUUGUAUUAA